AUGACCACGCGCACGCUGCUGGGGCGCGCGCUCCGCGCAUACAGCUCGACGGCGCGCGCGGCGCAGCACGAGUCUGAGAGAGCCGUCGCUGCGGCGCCGGCCGCCGAGCGCCUCCUGCCCGAUGUCCAGUCGCCGCCGCCGACGCAUGGCGUCCACGUUGCGACGCUGCAGCUCACGUCGUACAACAAAAAGACGUUUGAACUGGACUUUUUCGCAGACUUUGCGCUGCGUGUGGCGCAUGCGAUGCAGAUUCCGACGGGCGGCAUUGCUACGCUGCCGAUCCGCACGUCGCUGUGGACGGUGCCGCGUGGGCCCUUUGUGCACAAAAAGUCGCAGGAAAACUUUUGGCGGCGCGUCCACCGGCGCUCGAUCAAGAUCUACGAUGCGAGCGACGUGACGAUCGACCGGUGGCUGCAGUUCCUGCGCCACCAUGAAAUGGCCGGUGUGGCCUCCAAGGUGCAGCUGUUCCGCCGCUAUCCGCUGGGCGUGGGCCAACACAUGCAGGAGGCCGCCUCGGACGUGACGACGAGCGAGCAGGCCGUCCGAGCCAUGGCCGACGAGAUCCUCCGCUCGCACCAGGGGCCUAGUAAAUCAUAG